CCGGGCCCGGGCCCGGUACAGCGGUAUAUUAUUACUGCUCUUCUUCCUCGUUCCAGCCUUUUUUCUGCUUCCUCUUCUUCUUAUAUACGUUAUCUCUUCCCUUCUCCCGUUUCUCAAUCUCCCUUCUCCCUUCUCCCUUCUAUCCUCAUCCUCUUCUAUCCUCAUUCAUUGACUCCCAAGUCGGUGCUGUAUCCAUCCCAUCACCAUCACCAUCACCAUCACCAUCACUCACUCGCUUUUCUACUCUCGAAGCUAGUCGAUUUGCUCUUCGUUCGCCACUUUGAUAUUUUUUUCAUCCCACACACAACAAAAGAUCACUCACACAUCAACAGUCAUGGCGUACCCUUUACCUUCGACACAUCUCUCCAAUACGGAGAAUCUCAUGAAGUAUAUGAGUCUUGACCAGCGGGGCCAUGUUAUGGCAGAGUAUGUCUGGAUUGAUGCCUCCAGUGGUGUCCGAUCGAAAACGAAGACACUCAAGGGACCCGUCAAGUCAGUCGAGGAGCUUCCAGAAUGGAACUUCGACGGCUCAUCAACAGGCCAAGCCCCUGGCGAGAACUCGGACGUCUACCUUCGCCCCAUCGCCAUGUUCCCAGACCCCUUCCGCCGUGGUGACAACAUCCUCGUCCUCUGCGAAACCUGGGACUCAGAUGGAUCGCCCAACAAGUUCAACUACCGCCAUGAGGCUGCCAGGCUCAUGCGCGCACACGAAGACGAACACUUUUGGUUCGGUCUAGAACAGGAGUACACCCUCCUCGGCGCUGAUGGCUGGCCAUAUGGCUGGCCCAAGGGUGGCUUCCCAGGUGCUCAGGGCCCGUACUACUGCGGUGUCGGAACUGGCAAGGUCCACUGCCGUGAUAUCGUCGAGGCCCACUACAAGGCUUGUUUGUAUGCUGGCAUCAACAUCUCUGGCAUCAACGCUGAGGUUAUGCCUGCUCAGUGGGAGUACCAAGUUGGACCCUGUGAGGGCAUUAGCCUCGGUGACCAGCUCUGGAUGUCUCGAUUCCUCCUUGCCCGCGUCGCUGAAGAAUUCGGCGCCAUAAUAUCCUUCGCCCCCAAGCCAAUCCCCGGCGAAUGGAACGGUGCUGGCCUCCACACCAAUGUCUCGACCGAGGCCAUGCGUUCCGAGGGUGGCAUGAAGGUCAUCGAGGCUGCCAUGAAGAAACUCGAAGCCCGCCACUCAGAACACAUUGCCGUCUACGGCGAGGGUAACGAGGACCGUCUCACCGGCCGCCUCGAGACCGGCAGCAUCGACACCUUCAGCUAUGGUGUCGCUGACCGCGGCGGAAGCGUCCGUAUCCCCCGCCAGGUCGCGAAGGAUGGCAAGGGCUACUUCGAGGACCGAAGACCGGCUUCCAACGCUGACCCGUAUCAAAUUACGGGUAUUAUUGUUGAGACUCUUUGCGGCGCUUCAUAGUUGGGAACAGUCUGAGGAUGCCGGAAGAAGUGAAAUCGAUGAAUUUACUUUGUUGUUUCCCCGCAAUAUUUUAUUUAUACCCUUCGGGCGACGAACCGUCUGAGUGGGUGGUGUGGUGGUGUGUGGAUGUCGAUGAAACAGGAAAAAAAAAUUAACUGGGACUUGGAGAGGAUGCAAGAUAGACAAGAGAGAGAGAGAGAGCUUCCCAGUCGUUUUUCCCACAAUCGCGUCAGGGGAAAACUAUUUUUUUUUUGUAUAUGAUUUGAAGCCGUCAGUGUCGUCUUGUUAAGUCAUCAUUGUCCGCACGCGCCACCCACCAGCCCAGCAACCCAAGCAACCCGUCCCGUCCACACCUUGCACCGCACACCAAAGUUUCGCAUCGUAAUCGCCUUUUUUUCGUUCUAUGUUAAUUUUGGUUUUGUUUUUUUUUCGUUCAUUAAUAUAUGUAAUGAGACAUGGUCUUGUUUGUUCCGUGUUUUGGGGUUUUCAUUCCUACCCUCUUUUUGGUUCUCGUUUGGGUUCGUUUGUCUUCUUUUCUUUUCAUCCCACUAUAUCAAUACGUAACUAGAAGUCAGUGGGCCCGGUGUUGGUCGUUUUUUUCCUUUCUUUUU